AUAUGGUCAGGGUUCAAUCCCUGUACACGUGGAUUACUUGUGGGGUUUUUGACAUUAAUAUUCGCGAGGUGCUGCGUUAUUCUGGAGAUCUUGGGCUAGACGAGCCUAAAUUUAGUUUGUUCGAGAGCCAAUGUGAGACACCAGAAAUUCAGGUAAUAUUGGAUGAUGACAUAUUGAAGUCAGUUGAAGCUGUUAAAGUAAAUAAGGACGGUGUGCACUCAAAAUCAAAGGGGGUGACUUGGGCUGCCCCAAAGGCUGUGGAUCGUUGUGUUGAGAGUGAUGAUGAUUCUUUUAUGCCUCCGGAGCCUAAAAAGGGUUUGCCGCCCAGAGUUGCUAGUCAUAUUAAAGCAACAGCGAAAUCACCUCUUGUUAUGAGUGAUGAUGAUGAUUUCAUUUUCCAUGGUGAGAGAACAGUGUUCACCAGGAGCAAAUCAGUGGAGGAGCCAUUGGUAGUGUCUAAUAAAAGGCCAGUUGCUCUGUCAAUGAGGCUGAGAAUGCCUGUGUGUGCGCUCAAGCCAUUCAAGUUUCCAUUUGUGGCUGUUGCAAAACAAAUUUUGGACCUAAUACUUAGCAAGGAGUUUAUCGACAAGUACCCACAGGUCCCUCUGUUUAAGUGCACUUCUCCAACUGGCGAUGAAUUUAUAGCUGAUGCUAAAUAUCUGGUUACCUGCUUUGGUCCUGCCGGUUGCAUUGAUACUGAGUUGAUGGAUCUUGUGAUCAGCUAUUGGAAGGGAAGCCCUGACUACAAUCAUGUGUAUAAAUCCGGAGAUAGGGUGUUGCUCAGCCCGUAUGUGAUAAAUUAUCUUCUUGAAAUUGAUCCGUACCAUCGGCCAGUUGAUGAAGAUGGGCAGGAGAUCCUGAGGCCGCCCUUCAAUGUUAAACUUGCUGCUCAGAAGUUCAAGCUAUACAUAAAAGAGAACCUGCUCGCUGCAAACCUGAUCAUGCUACCAUAUUGGAAUCGGAAUCAUUUCACACUGUACACUAUGAACAAGUAUCGUGAGUCCCUGGAUAUCCAUGACUCAUGGAGAUACACAGGGCGUAACUUUUCAAGGAAUCGAUUCCAUGAAGAACGUGUCGAAAUUAUGUCCAGGAUGUCGUUGUUGAUGAAGGAGGUGUAUGGCGAAGCUGCAUACAACUCUUCAAGACAUCCCCGUUGGGAACAUCUGGCAGAGAGAUGUAGCUACGCGAAAAUGCCAGAGCAAGGGGUUAACGAAUGUGGCGUUUACAUGUUAAAAGCUGCUUUUUUGUAUGAUGGCAUCAAGCUAGUAGAGGAAGUGAAGAAGCAUGAUCCACAUUCUGCAUACUGGAAGGCCGAGUGCCUUUUUAUGUUCUUUUCCACCCUAAUAAUGAGGUUCGGCGCGACCAGUGGCCGGGGGAGAUGGCUGACAUUGCUAAGUUGUUAUAAGCGGGAUUGCAGGACAACAACACAAUUAACAUCUUAA